UUCUGUCCUGGAUCAGACAGAGGACAGUCUGCUGUCUCUGAUUGGACAAACUGGAGGACUUAUUUGCUGUCUGGAGGACACAAACUCUGGGUUCUGGUUCUGGAGUGAUCCAUAAUCUCUGCACUGCUUCAAAGCUCCAUGUGUGUGAGCUGAUGUGAACUGAGCAGCAUGGAUCAGUGUGAGGACAGAGAGGACAGAGUCCCUCCCUCUAAAACCACUCUGUGUGGAGAACAUGAGGACCAGAGCAAAGUUCAGAGGAAACGAUCAGAACCAGAACCUGGACCCAGCUGUGUGUCCUUAAAGAGCAACAGGUCAAAGGAAGAACUUAAUGAUUUUAAAUCAGCUCAACGUUCAGCUGCAAACAGAGUGGACCAGCAGAACUCAGAGGUUCCCAGUGGUCCGUCUGCCCAGCAGCAUCAAACACAGCUGGACUCCAUAUUUAUGCUGCUGGAGGACAACAUUGUUACUUUUGUGAAGAACGAGCUGAAGAAGAUCCAGAAGGUUCUGAGUCCAGAUGACCCAGAAGGCUUAGAGAGUCAGUGGGAGGAUGAGGAGGUGUUGGAAGGUGAGGAUGAAGAGAAGAGGAGGAGCAACAGAGAGGCUUUUGUGAAGAUCACACUGAACUUCCUGAAGAAGAUGAAGCAGGAGGACCUGGCUGAACGUCUGCAGAGCAAACAUGUUGCAUCAAUUUGUCAACAUAACCUUAAAUCUGGUCUGAAGAAGAGGUUCCAGUGUGUGUUUGAGGGGAUCGCUAAAGCAGGAAGUCCAACCCUUCUGAACCAGAUCUACACAGAGCUCUACAUCACAGAGGGAGGGACUGGAGAGGUCAAUGAUGAACAUGAGGUCAGACAGAUUGAAACAGCAUCCAGGAAACCACACAGACCAGAAACAACCAUCAGACAAGAAGACAUCUUUAAAGUCCCACCUGGAAGAGAUCAACCAAUCAGAACAGUGAUGACAAAGGGAGUGGCUGGCAUUGGGAAAACAGUCUUAAGCCAGAAGUUCACUCUGGACUGGGCUGAAGACAAAGCCCACCAGAACAUCCAGUUCAUAUUUCCAUUCACCUUCAGAGAGCUGAAUGUGCUGAAAGAGAAAAAGUUCAGCUUGGUGGACCUUGUUCAUCACUUCUUUACUGAAACCAAAGAAAUCUGCAGCUUUGAACACUUCCAGGUUCUGUUCAUCUUUGAUGGUCUGGAUGAGAGUCGACUUCCUCUGGACUUCCACAACAAGGAGAUCCUGACUGAUGUUACAGAGUCCACCUUAGUGGAUGUUCUGCUGACAAACCUCAUCAGAGGGAAACUGCUUCCCUCUGCUCUCCUCUGGAUCACCACACGACCUGCAGCAGCCAAUCAGAUCCCUCCUGAGUGUGUUGGCAUGGUGACAGAGGUCAGAGGGUUCACUGACCCACAGAAGGAGGAGUACUUCAGGAAGAGAUUCAGAGAUGAGGAGCAGGCCAGCAGCAUCAUCUCCCACAUGAAGACAUCAAGAAGCCUCCACAUCAUGUGCCACAUCCCAGUCUUCUGCUGGAUCACUGCUACGGUUCUGGAGGAUGUGUUGGAGACCAGAGAGGGAGGAGAGCUGCCCAACACCCUGACUGAGAUGUUCAUCCACUUCCUGGUGGUUCAGACCAAAGUGAAGAAGGUCAAGUAUGAUGGAGGAUCUGAGACAGAUCCACACUGGAGUCCAGAGAGCAGGAAGAUGAUUGAGUCUCUGGGAAAACUGGCUUUUGAUCAGCUGCAGAAAGGAAACCUGAUCUUCUAUGAAUCAGACCUGGCAGAGUGUGGCAUCGAUAUCAGAGCAGCCUCAGUUUACUCAGGAGUGUUCACACAGAUCUUUAGAGAGGAGAGAGGGCUGUACCAGGACAAGGUAUUCUGCUUCGUCCAUCUGAGUGUUCAGGAGUUUCUGGCUGCUCUUCAUGUCCAUCUGACCUUCAUCAAGGAUGGAGUCAAUCAGAUGGACAAGAAAUAUCCUUUAUUAGCCUUUUUUGGUUGGUUUAAAUUAUUUAAGAUACCAAAUCUAACAAAUCUCCAUCAGAGUGCUGUGGACAAGGCCUUACAGAGUCCAAAUGGACACCUGGACUUGUUCCUCCGCUUCCUCCUGGGUCUUUCAGUGGAGACCAAUCAGACUCUCCUGCAAGGUCUGCUUACAAAAAUAGGAAGGAGAUCACGUAGCAACGAGGGAACAGUUCAGUACAUCAAGGAGAAGAUCAAUGAGAACCUGUCUGCAGAGAAAAGCAUCAACCUGUUCCACUGUCUGAAUGAACUGAAUGAUCGUUCUCUGGUCCAGAAGAUCCAGCAGUCUCUGAGUUCAGGAAGUCUCUCCACAGAUAAACUGUCUCCUGCUCAGUGGUCAGCUCUGGUCUUCAUCUUACUGUCAUCAGGAGAAGAUCUGGAUGUGUUUGACCUGGAGAAAUACUCUGCUUCAGAGGAGGCUCUUCUCAGGCUGCUGCCAGUGGUCAAAGCUUCAAACAAAGUUCUAUUGAAGAACUGUAACCUCUCAGAGAGAAGCUGUGAAGUUCUGGCCUCAGUUCUCAGCUCUCAGUCCUCUAAUCUGAAAGAGAUGGACCUGAGUAACAACAAGCUACAGGAUUCUGGAGUGGAGCUGCUGUCUUCUGGACUGAAAAGUCCAAACUGCAAACUGGAAACUCUCAGACUUAGAUCCUGUAACCUCUCAGGGAGAACUUGUGAAGUUCUGUCAUCAGUUCUUAGCUCCCAGUCCUGCUGUCUGAGAGAAGUUGACCUGCAGAACAACAACCUACAAGAUUCAGGGGAGAAGUUGCCGUCUGGUUCAGACUGUACACUGGAAAUAUUCAGGAAGCCUGAUGGAGUCCGAUGGUUGAAACCAGGUCUGAGGAAGUAUUCCUGUCAGCUCACAAUCGACACAAACACAAUGAAUAGAUACCUGAAACUGUCUGAAGACAACAGGAAGGUGACAUGUGUGGAGGAGGUUCAUUCAUAUCCUGAUCAUCCAGACAGAUUUGAUGUUCCUCAGCUGCUGUGUAGUGAUGGUCUGACUGGUCGCUGUUACUGGGAGGUCAUGUGGAGAGGAAGAAUUGAUAUAUCAGUGAGUUACAGAAGAAUCAGGAGGAAAGGAUACAGAGAUGACUGUUUGUUUGGAUGUAAUGAUCAGUCCUGGCAUCUGAUCUUCUCUGAUGAUGGUUGCUCUGUCUCACAUAAUAAGAAGAAAACAGGUAUCAACAUUUCCUCCUCCUCCUCCUCCGUCUCUAACAGAGUAGCAGUGUAUGUGGACUGUCCUGCUGGCAUUCUGUCCUUCUACAGAAUCUCCUCUGACUCACUGAUCCACCUCCACACCUUCAACACCACAUUUUCUGAACCUCUUUAUCCUGGAUUCUGGAUCGGUUCUGGUUCCUCAGUGUUUCUGUGUUGAGUCUAAAGAGUCUCCUCCUGUCAGAGAAACACUCUCACUGUUGAACAGAUAGUUCAGUCUCUACAUGUCUGUCUCUUUCACUCAGAAACAUUUUCACAUUCAGUCUGGUUCUUUACUUUUCUUUCUGCUCUCGGUGGGGUCAGACGCUUUUCCACUCUCUCCUUGAUCCUUGAUCCUCCCCCAUUUUCUGCCCUGCUUCAGCUUUUUGGCUAUGUUUUUCUUACAGCCUCUGUUCGCAUUUCCUCCUAAUGUUCAUUAUGGAUUUGGUCAGCUGGUCUCUCAACGCAAUCGAUCAAAUUUUCUCGACGGGAAGACAGGGUAAAGGGGACCCUCAUCCAGACUGGCCGUUCUUCUCCGGAUACGCAAUGGAUUCCUGGCAGUGGAAGAUUGUGUGCCU